AGGGGGCAGCACGUACGUUGUAACGUUAACAGGGCACUGUGCUAGUACUGCCUCUAUAAAUGCAGGUCCCGUCGUAUAUCAUAUCACUAGGGAGCCGUAGCCUUGCACACCAGCAGGCAGGCAGCUCGUUAGCCCAGCUCUGCUCGGCUGAAGGGUUAAGACGAGAGCUAUAGGUAGGCAAGACCGCGCGAGCCGAGCGAGAUAGACAUAUACUCACUCGCACGCCUCCGCUUUGCCUGCAGUCCGUACCAGAGCGAGUAAAGACUAACGAAAGAAGCGAGCAUCGGCAAAAGGCAGUAGUAGGUGGCUGCAGCAAUGGCGGUGGCCGAGAGCUUGGCCAUGGAGAGCGGCGCCGGCGCCGCGGAGUACGCGCAGGACGGGUCCGUGGAUCUCCGGGGCAACCCCGUGCUCCGGUCCAAGAGGGGCGGCUGGACCGCCUGCUCCUUCAUCGUAGUGUACGAGCUGUUCGAGAGGAUGGCCUACUAUGGGAUCGCGGCGAACCUGGUGAUCUACCUGACGGAGAAGCUCCACCAGGGCACGGUGGAGGCGUCCAACAACGUCACCAACUGGUCCGGCACCGUCUUCCUCACGCCCUUGCUCGGCGCCUACGUCGCCGACGCCUACCUCGGCCGCUACUGGACCUUCGUCGUCGGCUCCGUCAUUUACUUCAUCGGGAUGGUGCUGCUGACGCUGUCGGUGACGGUGCACAAGCUUCAGCCGGCGGAGUGCGCGGGCAAGGUUUGCCCGCGCGCCACCACACUCCAGCUCGGCAUCUACUUCGGCGGGCUGUACAUCAUCGCGCUGGGCAACGGCGGCACCAAGCCCAACAUCUCCACCAUCGGCGCCGACCAGUUCGACGAGUUCGACCCGAGGGAGAAGUCCCACAAGCUCUCCUUCUUCAACUGGUGGAUGUUCACCAUCUUCUUGGGCAUCCUCUUCUCCACCACGGUGCUCGUCUACCUCCAGGACAACGUCAGCUGGGCCGUCGGCUACGGCAUCCCCACGCUCGGCCUCGUGCUCUCCAUCUGCAUCUUCCUCGCGGGGACACCCGUCUACAGGCACCGGGUGCCGCAGGGCAGCGCGUUCUCUCGCAUGGGGAAGGUGAUCGCCGCGGCAUUGAGUAAAUGGCGCGCCCAGGUCCCCGCCGACGCCAAGGAGCUCCACGAGCUCGACCUCGACGCGCACUACACCAAGAAGCGCAAGUACAGGAUGGAUUCCACGAGCUCCAUGAAGUUCCUCAACAAGGCCGCCGUGAAGGACGCCGUGGACUGGAGGCUGUGCACGGUGACGGAGGUGGAGGAGACGAAGCAGAUGGUGAAGCUGCUCCCUUUACUGGCGGCAAUGUUCGUGCCGUGCACGCUGAUCGCGCAGACGAACACCCUGUUCGUGAAGCAGGGCACGACGCUGGACCGGCAUAUGGCGCCCGGGAGCUCGUUCCAGAUCCCGCCGGCCAGCCUCGGGGCCUUCGUGACUCUCACAAUGCUGAUCGCCGUGGUGGUCUACGACAGAUGCUUCGUGAGCUUCGCGCGGAGGUACACGGGGAACCCGCGUGGGAUCACGAUGCUGAAGCGGAUGGGCACGGGGCUGCUGAUCCAGGUGGUGACAAUGGCGACGGCGUCCGUGAUCGAGAACCGGCGUCUGGCUUACGCGCGAGGCCACGGGCUGGACGAGACGGCCGACCCGCUGCCGCUGACCAUCUUCAUGCUGCUGCCGCAGUUCGUGCUGAUGGGGCUGGCGGACGCGUUCCUGGUGGUGGGCAAGAUCGAGUUCUUCUACGACCAGGCGCCCGAGAGCAUGAAGAGCCUCGGCACGGCGCUGUCGCUCACGGCAUACGGCGUCGGCAACAUCCUCAGCAGCUUCGUCCUGUCCGCCGUGACCCAUGUCACCAAGGAGAGGGGGAGCCCUUGGGUCACCAACAACCUCAACGCCUCGCACCUGGAUUACUACUAUGCGUUUCUGACCCUGCUCGCCGUCGCCAACUACGGGGUGUUCGCUGUGCUUGCCGUCAGGUACAAGUACAGGGCCGAGUCGACGGAGACGAUCGACGUCGUCGCCAUGGACCACGCGCAGGUGCAGCUCGAGGCUGCCAAGAUCCACUCGGAGCCAAUGGCCUGAGCUGAAUUAAAACUCUGCAGAUAUUGCAGCUAUGAAGCUUGUCCGAGCUCUUGGAACGUACGGUACAGCAGUAUGUAAGUCUGCAGGUACACACGCGGUUUUGAAGGAAAAUGUACAAACUUUUUCUUUCCCGCUAGUAGUAUGUAUCUGCUCAUACAAGAAGGGAAACUCCCGCUAAUAUGUAAAGUCAGCCAUAGGAUUCUUCUGUCUCCAUGUUCUGUAAAAUUCGAUCAGAUCGUGUCUUCGAAUCGCAGCAGUAUUCUACUCGUA